GCACUUCUGCUAAAGUAGUAAAAUAAAUUCUUCCCAUAUUCCGAAAUUCCGAAUAUAUUUCAUUUUAUUCCCUCUAUAAAUAAGUUGCAACGCAAUUCCCGUGUAAACCAUCCCCCCAAACUUCUCUCAAACCUAUCCACAUACCAAAACUCAUAAACAAUCAAACAAAUAACGAAAAAAAUCCACCGCCGGUGACAAUGGCCGCCGUGAAUCUCCGACCGGACGCCGACAACUCAUUACUCGUUUCCCAUCUCUACAACCCUGAAGUUUACACCCAACAAGUGUUACCCCAACAAGGUACGGGAGAGGGAAGUAAGCCGACGAAGCGACGGAGGAGGAGGAGCAAAGCGAAGGAGGGAGGCGGGGCGGCGGGGUUGAAGAAGAGGAAGCUGAGUUCAGAGCAAGUGAAGCUUUUGGAGAUGAAUUUUGGGAAUGAACAUAAAUUGGAAUCGGAGAGGAAAGAUCGGUUGGCUUCUGAAUUGGGACUUGAUCCACGGCAGGUGGCGGUUUGGUUUCAGAACCGCCGUGCACGGUGGAAGAACAAGAAGCUGGAAGAGGAAUAUUCCACUCUUAAAAAAGCUCAUGAUUCUGUUGUUCUACAAAAAUCCCAUCUUGAAUCUGAGUUGAUGAAAGUGAAAGAGCAGUUGAAAGAAGCAAAGAAUGAGAUACGAAAAAUGGUAGAAGGAAGUGAGGUGAGAAAUAAUUCAAGCAAUAGUCCAAGCUCUUCAGUGACGAUGGAAGCAGUUGAGGAAGCAGCAGUAGUUCCUUUGGGGGAGCUUUUUUUUGAAGAAUAUGAAGAUGUAUUCUAUUGCAUGCAAGACAACAAUUACAAUCAAGGAUUGAACUGGGCGCUUAAUCUUAAUUUUAUGUAGAUUAAUUAUAUUUAUUAUAUCUAAUUAAUCACUCUCUUUUAAUUUUAGUUUGUGGAUAUAGAACCCUCAUAGAUUAUAUUAGAUCAUCUCUAGCUUAAUAUGUACAUUUCUCUCUCUCCCUCUCUCUAACUAGUGUUAUUUUUCAGAACUUGGAAUUAAUUAAUAUAUAUAAUUAAUUGUGUUAUUAAUUAUA